GCGCUGUUUGUACAUUGUCGUCGUCAUUAUCCAAGCAGAUAUAAACCUGGCAACGAAUGGAAAUUUGUAAGCAGCAUGUCAACAUUACGUUCUGAGGCAGGCGCAGUGGUUUUAAAUUGCAAAAUUUUCGUAAUUGGAGGCUGGAAUGGAAGUUACCAGUUAAGUUCUGUUGAAUGUUACGAAGCAUCUUCGGACUCUUGCACCCAGUGUGCGUCUAUGAACGAAGGCCAUAGUUUGCCUGGGGUAGCCGUAAGCAAUGGGUGCAUCUAUGUUUUAGGUAGUAAAAUGGCUAUAAGUUGCAAAACAGUUGAACGCUAUGACCCUGAAAAUAAAAAAUGGACUAAGGUCUGCGCUUUGAGAGAUGGGCGUUACGGUAUAGGAUGUGUUUCUAUGAUGGACGAGCAACUGUGGGCUGUGGGAGAUAUUCCUUCAAAUUCCGUGUCCGUAUACAAUGCGGAACGUGAUGAAUGGAUCGAAAAGAAACCACUACCCAAGAGCGGUCGAUACUUUUGUUAUGUUGUGCCCAAAGCGUUACUUAAAAGUGAAUAA